UUUGUUUUAAAGUUAAAUUUCUUAUUUCCCGUUUUACUAAUCCGCUCCACAAUGGACCAUCUUCUCCGUUAUUGAAUCUGUGAAGAGGUGAAGUGGGAGAAGAAGAGAGGUAAAGUAACACCAAGGAUCGCUUAAAGAUCAAAUCUUCUUCCGCAAUGGAGAAACCGAAUGAGUCGCCACCGAUUGAUGACUAUUCACCCAAAAAUACACUCAUUACUUUCAAAGAGCCGAUCCCUUUGCUACGCGGACCCGUCAGUACCGAGCCAAAGGAAGGCGAACCAAUUGCCGGUCGCUCAUUCACUCUCGCUUUCCGGGACCCAAUUUCUUGGGAAUCUGCUUACCGCAACUGCGAGCACCAAAUCACUCAGCAAUGCGAAACCGGGGUCAGAAUCGGCUGCUCCAUUGCCGCCUCCCACAAAUGCCAACCUCCAUGGUGGAAAGCUGUAUUCGGCGGCGGAGUUUCCAAACAAGAUCUCGCAGAGAGGCAAAAAUGCGAAGAGCUAGAAAUGGAGGCUUGCCUUAGAGAGGCCAAGGAGAAAUGCGUUGGAUACGCGAGGGACAAGUGCUCGCGAGCAUUUCUAGAUGCGAGGAUUUGCGUCACAGGUGCGAAAAACCCUAAUUUGAACUGGAAAGAAGUGUCGAAGUUAAUUUCUUGUGUAAACUUGGCUGAUAAGAAUUUAGGCACUGAUUUAUUGAGAUUACAGAGGCCAUGGGUUGAUUUCAAGACUCAAUUAGAAGUUACUUGUAGAGGUAGAGAUUUAUUGGGCCCUGAUACUGCAAAUUUUGAUGAUUUCUAGAAGCCCACAAUGUUCAAGUUUCAAUCUUUAAUUGCAGUGUUGCCUUUUUGUUGGACUGAAUAUAUUGGGUCUGAAGAGAUUACAUUGACCCAGAUAUGGGGACUUUGAUGAAAGCUCUUUAUGUUUCUUUAAGUUUAUUGAUGUGAUGUUUAAUGUUUAGCUCUUAUAUGUUGCCAG